AACCCUCAAGCUUCACCCUUUCAAUUCAUUACUUAUCUUAUAUCUCUGCCCUCGAAUGACUUCCACCACCAUCGCCACCACCACCGCGAAAGAAAUAGCCUCCGAAUUCCUUCCUCGCAUCAGAAUCUACAAAGAUGGCACAGUGGAACGCCUUCUGGGCUCUCCCUAUGUGCCCCCUUCUCCUCAUGACCCACAAACCAGAGUCUCCUCUAAAGACUUAACUUUUUCACACAACCCCAACAUCUCUGCUCGACUUUACCUCCCAAAUGUCCCUCAAAACCAAACCCAAAAGCUACCCAUCUUGGUUUACUUCCAUGGUGGAGCAUUUUGCAUUGAAUCUGCCUUCUCGUUCCUUGACCACCGUUAUCUCAACCCCUUGGUCUCAGAAGCCCAAGUAAUAGCUGUCUCUGUUGAGUACAGACUUCCCCCAGAGAACCCACUUCCUAUUGCUUAUGAAGAUUGCUGGGCUGCGCUUCAAUGGGUCACUUCUCACGCAAACAACGAAGAAUUAGAUGAUAACAAAGAACUGUUACUCAACUAUGGAGAUUUUGAUAGAUUGUACAUUGGUGGUGAUAGUGCAGGUGGCAAUAUUGCACAUAACUUGGCUAUGAAGGUAGGGGCUGAAAGCUUGUUUGGUGCUGUGAAAAUUUUGGGUGCAUUUCUGUCCCACUCUUAUUUUUGGGGUUCCAAGCCAAUUGGGUCAGAGCCUAAAGGUGAAGACUUUGAGAAGACUAUGGAGUAUAAAGUUUGGGACUUUGUUUAUCCAUCAGCUCCUGGGGGGAUUGAUAAUCCAAUGGUGAAUCCAGCAGGUGAGGGUGCCCCGAGCCUGGCUGGACUCGGGUGCUCUAAGCUGCUUGUGUGUGUUGCAGGCAAGGAUCAGCUGAGGGAUCGAGGUGUUUGGUAUUGUGAUUUGGUGAGGGAAAGUGGGUGGAAAGGAGAAGUGGAGCUGUUUGAAGUGGAAGGAGAGGACCAUUGCUUUCAUAUCUUGAGUGGGACUGAGACGGAGAAUGUUAAGAAAAUGAUCAAACGCUUGGCUUCUUUUCUUGUCUAGUAUUAUUUAUCAUGUCAGUUUGCUCACGUUUGUGACUGUUGAGCUCUGCCCAUCCCAUUUCUCUCUUUGACAAAAAGAAAAAGAAAAAUAACUGGCUGACUUUUUCCUCAAGUAAAACCCAUUUUCUCUUUUCUCCUCAAGUACUACUUAGUGGUUGUAAUGUCUUUUAUGAUAUUUGAAUAAUUGGAAUCUAUUGACAGUGUUUAGUGUGAGCA